UGUUUAAUUUUUAUGUUAUUAUCUCGAUUUUUUUUUAUUUUUUUUGUAUAUUAAUCUGACCGCCCACUGACGGCUGACCAAUUUAUUACCUUUUUGUAUAAUGGAAAUCAGCUCUCCUUUUCUGUCACCGAGAGCGAGCUGAACCGUGUAAUUUCUAGCAAGCUGGCUAGGAACAGUGGACCCGCGAGGCCAGGCAGACAUGACCAUGUAAUUAUUAUUGCGUCCGCGUACUGCCUUGACGUUCUGGCAGUAGUCUAUAUGCUGUGGAACAGAAAGUACCCACCGAUCAAGUCCAAGAGUCCGAUAAUCAUGGCCAUGAUGAUGGCGAUAUCUAUAAUUUGGUUUGUUGGUGAUCUCCAGGCUAAUGGGCACGUGCCUUUGGCAGGUACUCCAAUGACUAACUGCAAGGCUUUUGGGCUCUGGAUGCGAAUUUUGCUUGGCGUGUGCAGCUUGUGCGCCUUGACAACAUUGAGGGCAUAUGGAUUGUAUCGCCUGGGACUUUAUCUUCCUUUGCAUUUACUUUCUUUGCCUAAUUAUUUUGGCAUUGUCUUUCAGGUGCUCAAGCCCGAAAUAACGACUAUGUAUAUUGCGGCACUCGACCUCUGCAACCUACACACUUUGUACAAGGCAAUUCUUUUUACGUUGCUUGCAUUGACCUGGUUAAUCUUGGUGUUUAUUCAUUGGAAGAUACGCAGCAUUAAAAGCUCAUUUAACGAGAGUCGUGAAAUUUCCCUUGGCCAACUGUUGUUCAAUCGGCAACGCUACCUCGAAAACUGGAUCAACAAGCUGCGCAAGGACGGAUUGCAGAGAAUGUACGAAUUCGACCCAGACACAUUUGUUACGAAUGGCCGAGAGUCGCUUUUGCUGACAAACACUGUUCUGGGCAAAACCGAUGAGCAAUUUUACCCGGUCCAAGAUAGCAUUUACGGAUACAAGGACGCUGAUUCUUCAUACAAGUCAAAUCUGGACUACCCCAUGAAUUCUUAACAGCCGUAGUUUUGGAAUUAGCAGAAAUUUGUUUGGGCAGA